CAUGAUAGCCAGCGCUGGCAGGAUUUGAUUAACACGGGCAAAAGCCACAGGCCUGCGCCGAGCUGGCAACGCGACCAGGGACGGACGCGGCCUGCGUGAUGCAGCAGCGAAAGCAGUUUCGGCACUACCGCCGCCGCUCGCGCUCGCCUGCCGCCGCCACCAGUGCCUUGCAGAAAGUCCUGGCUCUAGCCACGAUUGCCGUUUGCUGCCGGCUUCUUGGCUGCGGCAUGUCCGCAGCAGCUACGACUUCGGUGGCAGCAAACCCUGCCGCCGUGUUUGGCGGCGCCAGCGGGGAGGAGGAGGACGGCGGUGGAGCACCUGCUGCGGUGUGGCUUCGUGCCAGCAGCCCCUCGGCGCGGCGCCCGCAGCGCUUGGAUGCGGUUGGUGUCGUCAGUGUGGAAGCCCCUGGCGUGGGCCUCGGCAGUGGUGGCCUUCUCGGAAGUAGUGCUAUUCAAGAAGGGCCGCCGGCGCAGCAGCAACCCGCACGAGUAAUAGUGGCGGCAACGCAUGCGGCCGCCGCGGCAGCAACAGCGGCGGCGGAAGCACUAGCAGUGGCCCCCGGCGGCGGCGGCAUAGCGCAACCCGCUGAAUCAGCAACAGCGGUGUGCGCCCGCAAGCUGGAGCGCCUUCCACACGCCCUGGCGGCUAGCCUGGAGGUCCUACUGGGCCCGCGCCUCAAGGGAUCUGCCGACUGUGGCCCUCCAGCAGCAGCAGCCACUCCAGUCUUCGCAGCCACACCAGUCGCUGCAGCUGCUGGUGCCGCCGCCGAGGAGGUGGCUGUGCUGCCCCAGCAGAAAGGCAACCCGGGGAACAGCUUUGGACGUCUGCACCAGCACCGGCACCAGCACCAGCUGCAGCAGCAGCUCCGACAGGUGCCGCCCCUGGCGUGGCGGCGGCACGGCGGGGCCCACCUCGAUGCUCCGCUGGGCCAGCAGAGGGACGGUGCGGACACACACCGCAGCACCAGCAGCCGCACAAGCACAAGCACCAGCCCUUUCACGGCGGUAGUGGUCCCGCCGGCGGCGGGUGCGGUGAACCCGUCGGUUGAGCCUCUGGGACAGCAGCUGCGGCAGCAGCAGGCCGGGCCGGCGGCUGUGCAGUUCACUGCUGCACGCUGCACGGACAUCCUUGCCUGGGCGGUGGAGGCCGCGUCGCACCCACACCCUGCUGCUGCGGAUGCCGCCACCACUGGCAACAGCAGGACGACUGCUGCUGAUGAGGGUGGCCUGCUCAGCGGAGUGGCAACGGCGAGCCUGGACCCAGCGGAGCCACCCGGCAGCGUGAGGCCAGCAGCGGCGGCGCCAGCGGCGGCGGCGGCGGGAGCGGCGCCAGCUGCGGGAGCGGCGGCGGCGGGCUUCGAUUGGUCGUGGUCUGCGGCGCCGCCGCUCAGUUCCCCGACCCGCCUGUCGGAUCUCUAUAGCCAUUGCCUGAGCAGCGGGACGGGGAGCCCGCUGCUGGCGAUGCUGCUGCUGUUGUCAGGGCAGCAGCCAUCAGCACUCGGUCUGCUGGGCGCCCAGGCGCCGGCAGCAACCGAGGCCGCUCCGGCCGUUACUGGUGCGGCCUUGCUGCCUGUGGAUGGAAGCGCUGCGCUUCAUCAGUCUGCAGCAGUGGGUCUGCCCUCAUACUCGCAUGUGCGCGGCAUCCGACAGGUGUUUGGCGCCUCGACGCUGCCGGUGAAUCGGCCAUUCACCGGCUUCCCGGCUGACGUGGAGAUCAUUGGGCUGUUGGCGCUGGCGCUCACACAGCAGCAGAAUAACGUGGGCCGAGACACAUCCGCCAACUCGGGUCUGGCCACCACCUUCCGCGGUGUGACCUUCCCCUUCGGCGUCAGCUUUGCCACCACCAACAGCUUCGGCGGGGCGGUGCAGCAGGCCUUCGACUUCGCCACCGCUACCGACCAGCGCGGGGCGGCCGCGGACGGGCUUGAGACGGGCAGGGCAAUUGGCAGCGUGCCAUUCGGCGACGUCAACGUGGUUACCAAUGUGCUGAGCUCUGCGCUCUCGCAGCGGCGGCUGGUGCGGCCGCGCAGCCCGCCCCAGCCGCCGCAUCGACAGAAGCAACAGCAACAACAGCAAGAACAACAGCAACAACAGCAGGACGCGCACCCAAAUAGCCAGCAGGGAAAACAGAACCAAGGGCCUCUGGGCGCAGCAGGUGGCGGCAGUAGUAGCGGCGCCGGCGGGGGCGGCAGCUUUCGCGACGGGGCACAGCAGCAGCAACAGCCUGGAGCAGCAGCAGCAGCCGCUGGAGGCGGUGCUACAGCCAACAAUGAAACGGCAGUAGCAUCGGAGGGCGACGGCGCGGCGGCGCAAGCCGCCUCGGCCCUGCGGGCUGCCGAGCUAUUGGAUGAGUAUGCAUAUUGGAACGGCUACAUGGGGACGAUUUACAAUGUUGAGUAUGACGUGGCGGCGGCGGCGGAUGCGGCACGCGACCCCCACCAUGCGUAUGAGUAUGAUGACACUGAGCCGCAGGACCAGCAGCGAACUGGGGGAGCCGAGGGGUCGGCACCACCAGGGAAUGGGAUAGAAGGGACCAAGAAUGGGUCAAGUACAGCGGCGGCGGGAGAGCAGGGCGGCUCGGGUCCAGAAGCGAAGGCGGCGGCGGCGGCGGCGCGGCGGCGCAAGUGGCAGCGGCGGGCUCAGGCCGCUAUUGCGGCGGCGGAGGCGGGCGAUGAGGAGUACGCAGCAGCGCUGAUGGGUUGGAGCUUGGCGCCCCCAGCCGGCACCGCUGGCGGCAUCCCGCGACCGCCACCCCUGCCCCAGCAGCAGUCUGGCGCUGCUGCGACUGGCGACGGUGGUGGUGGUGGUGGUGGUGGUGGUGGUGGUGGUGGUGGUGGUGGUGGUGGUGGUGGUGGUGGUGGUGACGGCGGGGCCGGUGGGGUGAACGCGUCUGACGUGCAACUGCGGACAAGUGGCAGCAGCCAGCAGCUGCAAAGCCAGAUGAGUAGUAAUGCUGGAGCUGGUAACGGUACCAACGGCACCAGCUCGGGUGCCGGCCGCGGCGGUGUGAACCAGUACCUGUACGACCCCUUUGAUGUACUGCUCGCUGCAACCCUGGAGUACGGCAGGGCCGGGCAGUACUCGUACUUCUACACAGACUACUACCGCUUCCUCAGCACCUACUAUUCGGGCCCGGUCAUAGUGCCGCAGACGGCGCUGGGCCGCACCCGCAGCACCAGCGCCGUCGUCCGGGAUGACACGGCCACCACGGCGGGCAGCACAAAGAACGCCGCAACGGGACUGAAUGUGGCUACAGUGGUGCAGAGUGUGUCAGCUGCCAUCCGCGGCAUCAGUCAGAGCCUGCGGCAGAGCGACAUCCUGGGCAACAGCACCUUCACCGGCGCCCCACAGCAGCCCACGCGGCAGGCGGGUGUGCUGGCUGGCGGGCUCACGUUCGGCCGCGGCUACUUCUUCCAGGCCCCCUCCGAGUCCUUCACAAAGGCCGCCACCACCUCAUCUAUUGGCGUCGGGGGCGCCGUCACUGCCGGAGCUGCCGGCUCCGUGACGGGCUACGGCGCCGGCACCAAGUUCUCGGGGGCGCGGUCCCAGAUCUCCGCCCAGACGGGUGAAGAGAACCUGGACUUUGAUCUUGGCGGGUAGCAGGCGCGCCCCCUGCCUGGCGGAUAGUCUGAAUGCUGCUGGGUGGUACGUGGUGUGGGGUCGGCUGUGGUCCUGUGGUGAAGGCUGGCCGCAAUUAAGAAAGGCAUGUACGGUAUGGUGUAUCUGCUGGCUGGUGCGAGGCAAAAGUGGCGUGCCAGAGGGGCCUACGCAAGCCUAGUUGCGUACUCAGUGGCGGCGCAGAGGCGUUUGACGUGCGUGCACCCAGG